GAAGACCCGCCAAAAAAUAAUAAUUCCAAUCAGCCUUGUCAUGUCGCGUCGCCGUCACAUCACAUGUAUGUAUCGCUUUCACCUGCGCGAGGCUGUACAUAAUACCUUAGGUACCUAUCUCCUAUCUGAUCUGCUGGCAUUGCCCCUCCAUUAAAAUCUCGCUUCUCGAUUGAUAUUAUAAUCCCGGCCAAUGACCCCCCGGUAGUAGCUACGAGGCUCUUCUACAGCGAAGACAUCAUCAUCAUGUCUGGCGUUGUUGAUCCCACUGCCACCGCCCCCGAGCCACCGACUAAGCGUCGCAAAGUCCACGAUGACGAUAGUAUCGAUUCGACCCCCAUCCCACAUUACGACACCCCAGAAGAGAAAGACGGCAAGCGCACUCUCAGCGUUUCCAUCAGGGAAAAAACCGUAGACAGCCGCUCCCAGAGCCAAAGCCCCAGUCGAAGUCGAAGUCGGAGUCACGAACGUCGCCGCGAAACAGAUUACUCCUCCGACGAACGUUCGCCGCGCCGCAGCAGAUCCCUCUCCAGCUCUCGCUCCCGCAUACGCUCGCGACACUCGAGUUCCGGCAGUCGAUCAUCAAGCCACUCCCGCUCCCGCUCGCGCUCCCGAACCCCAAGAUCGCGCUCCCGCUCCCGCACCCGCACUCCCUCAGACUCUCGCUCCCCCCUCCGCACCACCCACAACCCUCCCUCUCCCACACCGCCCUCCCGCCAGCUCGCUAAACCGCACUACACCCCGCGGCUCGUCCUAGCCGGGCACGCGCGCGCGAUAUCGCAAGUCCGCAUCUCGCCCGACGGGCAAUGGAUCGCCUCGUCGUCCGCCGACGGCACCGUGCGCAUCUGGUCCGUGGCCACGGGCCAGCACGCCGAGACCCUGGUCGGCCACAUGGCCGGCGUGUCGGCCGUCGCCUGGGCCCCCGACAGUAAGACCCUGGCCUCGGGGUCCGACGACAAGGCUAUCCGCCUGUGGGACCGCGUCACGGGGCGCCCGGCCCGCGCCGGGAAGCCGUUGCUGGGCCAUCAUAGCUACGUGUAUAGCUUGGCGUUCUCGCCCAAGGGGAAUAUCCUGGCGAGCGGGAGCUACGACGAGGCGGUUUUCCUCUGGGAUGUGCGUGCUGGUCGGUUGAUGAGGAGUCUGCCGGCCCAUAGCGAUCCUGUGAGUGGGAUUGACUUUUGUAGGGAUGGGACGCUGGUGGUUAGUUGUAGUACGGAUGGGUUGACCCGAAUAUGGGACACAUCCACAGGCCAAUGCCUCCGAACCCUCGUGCACGAGGACAACCCUCCCAUAACAUCAGUAUGCUUCGCGCCCAACGGGCGGUACGUACUAGCCUUCAGCAUGGACUCGUGCCUACGACUAUGGGACUACGUCUCCGGCACCGUGAAGAAGACAUACCAAGGCCACGAGAACUCCAAGUUCAGCAUCGGCGGGUGCUUCGGUACCGUCCCCACCACCACCAAAGAUAUCGACGACGGAGAGGAAAGUGAGAGGACCGCAACGGCAUUUGUAGCAGCCCCCAGCGAAGACGGCGAUAUCGUGCUCUGGGACGUCCGCACCAAGGAGAUAGUGCAGCGCAUCCGGCGCGCCCACGACGGCGUGUGCUUCUGGGUCGACGUCCACGGCGACACCAUGGUUAGCGCGGGCCAGGACGGCAAGAUCAAGGUAUACAGACACCAGCAAGCAGGAGACGCGGGUGCGAAAAAAGCCAAUAGCAUAUCCCCCGAGACGAAGGAUACGAAUGCGGAUGCGGAUGCGGAUGUAGACGUGGAUAUGGGUGCUGAGAAAGACGGUGUUGGAGGAAGCGAAUCCCCUCUAAAGGACGAAGAUGUCAAGAAGGAAGAGUAAAACCAGCUAGGUUAGGCGAAAGAAGAUAGGUAGGCAGGCAGGCAUACGAACUUGGUUUUCGUGGUAGAUACGUAGGCAGGUAUAAUUAGGACUAGGUACCAGGCGACAGCCGCAGGGUAAUCGUAUCGAAUAACUUAGACGGCGCAGCAUACUCAUCCCAUAAUUCAAAUACACAUACACAAAUACACAAAUACUAAA